CGAAGCGCAGGGUCUUGUGUCUGACUCCUUAGUUGCACCUGUCCUUGUCUGCUCCUCUGGGUUGCUUCUCCAAACGGACCAAACCCCAACCCCCCGCUCUCUCUCUCUCUCUCUCUCCGGCAUUUUUACUUUUAUUUUUAUCUGGUCCGUUCUCAAAUCUCUGUACGUCCCUGCUACUAGAUUUUUUGGAGUAGAAGGAUACUGAAGCAUUAAGAUUUAGUGCAAUGGAGGCUGAGAAAUUGAUUGGCGAACAACAAAAUCAGAAAGAGCAUAGGACCCAAAACUGUAUUGAAAAUGAGCAAACAUCUGUUAAACGAAGGAAGAGGAAGAAGAAGGACGAGAUGCCCAUGGAAAAGAAGAAAAAGGUGAUUGCAGGAAACCCAAAAGCUCCUAAAUCGAAAUCGAAGAAAGUUGCCUCAGAUACUGGAAAGAACUCACGAUGCAUUAAACGAAAGCGAACUGGGAUGAACGAAAUAUAUGAUGAUGUUGAAUCUAAGUUUACCGUUAUGGAGCGAGCAGCAAAAGUUCUGGCAAGUAUGGAGGAUGGAGCCCCUUACUUUUUAAAGUGUAUGCUCCCUUCAAAUGUCACUUACAGCUUUUGGUUGAUUAUUCCUAGGAAAUUCGGCAGCUUACAUCUGCCAAGUCGGGAUUCCACUGUUAUUUUGGUCGAUGAAUGGGGAAAAGAAUAUAAGACAACAUAUCUUAUUGAUAGAAAUGGACUAAGUGCUGGUUGGAGGGGGUUCUCCAUGUCUCACAGAUUACUGAAGGGAGACAUCCUGAUCUUCCGUUUGAUUGGACAUUGCAAGUUGAAGGUGCACAUAGUAAGAGUACAUGGUUUGGAUGUAGUAAAUGCAGCUGCUUGCCUCAUGAACUUGGAUGCUUUUGGAACAAUGGAUUCUGAUCCUGUGAAGCAGGAUUAUAGGAAGCGUAAAAGAACAAAGAAGUAUGCAGACUGUUCUGUGUUUGAUGCCCCUAGAAUACCAGACAAAGUUCAAGAAAAGGGCAAGAUGGUGCUCAAAUCUGACCUUGUGCCUGUGGAAGAUCAAUCUGAAAACACCAGUGAUGGUUUUGGGUCUGAAGUACUAGAAGGUUCUGGAAUGACUGACCACCUUUUAUCCGGUGACCACCAUCACACUGAAGCAUCAUUUUUGCAUGAGCAUCCCUGUGAAGGUGUCGUGUGUCGGUAAUCUGCAGAAGUAGUGUUGCUUACAUGGAAAAAGAUGGAACUUCUGAGUUCAGCAUG